UCUUAUUGGUCACAUUGUAUGGUGCGAAUGCGGAAGUGAAGCGUUCGAUUUGUUGUUGACACGAUGAUCGGAGAUUUGCUGCUAUUUGGGACCUUGUUGGUGAAUGCAGGAGCUGUGUUGAAUUUCAAGCUCAAAAGGAAAGAAUCACAUGGAUUUGGAGAUGAGUCUGGGGGUCCAACGACAGGCGACAACAUUCGUGAGUUCCUGCUCAGCCUGCGAUACUUUCGCAUCUUCAUUGCUCUGUGGAACAUCUUUAUGAUGUUCUGCAUGAUUCUAUUGUUUGGAUCGUGAACAACUGCGGCUGUAGCUGGACUACCACCUGGUGACUGAUUUUUCAAGAUGGAUGCUCACAUUUCCCUAUUGUUUUUUUUACCUUUAAUUGUUUCUUUGCUUCUUAACAGCCUGUACAACUCGACAACAAUGUAUAAAUUGUCAUAUUUAUUUCAUCCUACAUAACUAAAAGGUUCAACAUUUGUCAUGGGCUUCUAUUGUGUCAUUGUAUCAUUGCAUAAAAUGAAAAGACAGUCUUGUCUGUUUAGUUGACCUAUUUUUAAAGUAUA